UCCGGAGUCAGUUGCCUACAGAACACCGUAAGAUCCACUGUUUCGCCAUGAUUAGAGCAGUCCUCCUCUCCGCUCUUCUUGCCGGAGCUAUGGCCGGUCUAGUAAAGAGAGAUACAGCUGAUGAUAUCCAGGAGAGUUUAGGGAAUAUGUUCAAUUCUAACAAGAAUCCAUCCCUAGAUGAUUUCCAGGAGGGUGGACUAUGCAUCACAGACAGUCAAUGUGUAGAACACCUUCAGUUCUGCAAUAGGGAGAACCCUCUCAACAUGCAUUGUCAAUAUGUGGUGUGGGUGUGGGUAGGAGUAGGAGUACUAGGAGCUGUACUGCUCUUGACUGUCCUCGGAUCCUGUUUCUGCUGCUCCUGCUGCUGCCUCAGCUCUCUGUGCAGGAAGAAGUAAACACGACUCUAACACGUGUUUUGAAAAUAUCUUAAACACAAGUUCUCAAAAAAAUAAUGAAAAAAAAUAAGUUUUCCAAAACAAAAGUUUCACAAAAUCUUUUUAUUCAUUUAAAUAUGCCAAAAGUGCUUUUUCUAAGAUUCAAUGUAUAAAAAAUGUCGAAUGACGAUGAAAAAAUUGAGCUGGGGGGGGGGGAAGGGAGGUUUUUUAUAAGGGGCGGGGGAUUGAGCCCCUUCGAAUGUUUGUGGAAACGGGUUGAUCAAGAUUGGGUGAUAUUCAAUAAGAUAUUGUAAUUUUAAAGUUUCUCUUUUAUAUUUAAGAAAGAAAAUUGUUAAAUUUUUUCUGAAGUUAUAAAUGUUAGUAUCUAUAUAGCUUGCUUCUUAGUAAAUAAAUUGUGCAUUGUGAAACGAUUUUUUUUAACAAGUUAAGAUGACAUUAAAUCAAACAAUAAAAAUUCUUUCAAAAGAUUUAGAAAUGUUUAUAACCAAUAUUAUUUCCCUUUUCACAGUGCACAAUAUUAUUUGAUAGAUUACAUUUUAUAUUUACAUUUUCAUGCGAUUUUUACAAUUUUCUGCCACAAGGAUUUUUAUAGAAAAUUCGUUUUGAUAAAAAUUGGAAAAAAAUUGCUUUGCGAAACAAAAGCUAUAAGGAUAUUUUUCAUGGAUAAAAAUGUAUUACUUAUUUUCAAACAAUUUUUAAUUGAAAUAAGUGUUGAAUUUUUUGUUUACCAGUAUUUAAAGACAUAUUUAACAAUAGCAAAAUUGGAAAUCCUGAAAUACAAUAUUUUUGCUAAUUUAUAUUUAAUGAAUUCAUGAAUUACUAUAAACAUGAUAUUUAUUCUGUAGAAUUCUGUGACAAACUUUAUUUAUGUAGCAAUUCACAACAUAUGUAAUAAUUUAAAUAAAAAUAAAUAGUUGUAAACAAUC